AUACUUUGGAAAAGGGAAGGAAGAAAAAAAAAAUAUCUUGAAAGCUGAAUAGUGAAGACCUGCGGCGUUGCCUCCUCAAUCCCCUUCAAUUCCAUAUUUGCUUUCCGACACAGAAACCUCCAAGUUUCCAUCCAUGGCUGACCACUCCGACGAUUUAGACCAACUCCUUGACAGUGCUUUAGAUGACUUCCAGAAUCUCAACCUCAGCAAACCCUCCCUUGAAAGAAGUAAAGAAGCUGUAGAGACCAAGCGAGAACUUCCUUCCUUGCCCGCUGGGGUUCAGGGACUUGGUAUGGGACUACCUGACCUCAAAGCUAAGAAAAAGGGGAAACAAAAGGUUGCAGGGGGAUCCCAUGUUACUGAGGCACUUGAUAAGCUCAGAGAGCAGACAAGAGAGGCUGUUCGGGGACUGGAAACCAUGAGUGCACAACCUGGGGGAGAUGAUUUUACUAAGGAUCCGAUGAUGGAGGAUUGGGUCAAGCAGUUUGAGGAACUUGCUGGCGGUCAGGACAUGGGAUCUAUGGUUGAGACCAUGAUGCAACAGCUUUUGUCCAAGGAGAUUCUUUAUGAACCAAUGAAGGAAAUUGGAGAAAAAUAUCCAAAGUGGUUGAAAGAUAAUGAAGCAACUUUGAGUAAAGAAGAAUAUGAUCGUUGUUUCCACCAGUGUGAACUCAUUAAAGAACUUAAUGAAGUCUAUGAAAAUGAUUCUGGCAACUACAACAAAAUCUUUGAGAUCAUGCAGAAAAUGCAAGAAUGUGGCCAACCACCUAAUGCUAUUGUGCAGGAGCUUGCUCCUGAUUUUGAUCUAGCUAGUCUUGGACAAAUAUCUCCAGAGAUGCUAGAGUCGCAGGGAAAUUGUUGUAUAAUGUGAGCAAAUGUCUACACUCCGGGCAAUUUACAUCUCCCCUUAGUUGUUUCCUUUAUUCCUUGGGGCCACACGGAUAUCUUUUUUUUUUCCCCUCUCUUUUUUCUUUUUCAUUUUCUUUCAAUAUUUGUGAAAAAUAAAGUGAUUAGGCUCUUAGUACAGUGUUAUUAUCUCGAUUUAUAAUAUUUAGUUGCUCAAUUUCAGAUCAAGGUUUAGGACAUGUGAGCUUGUAUAAAAUUUGGGGUGAUAUGAGAAGUUUUCCGAAAUUUUUUAGAGGUUA